AUGGAAGGAAACAUUCAAAGUAUCGUCCAGGCUGCCGUCGAAGCUGCUAUGGCUCAGCAAAAUCAAGUCAUCCAACGACUUCAGGCAGAAAAUGAAAGGCUUUCUCAACUAACACGAGGAGUCAGCAGUCUGAAUGUUACUGGUGGCAUCAAGAAAACCCCUAAUACGAAACAGCCCCAAGCAGCCAGUCUUACGGGAAAUUCUGGUGUAACAGCCAAGACUCCAGUGAAAAAAAUCACUCAAGCUUCUACGCCUCAGAGUGCAACACCAAAUAGGAGUAACCCGAACCGUAUGAUGAUGACAGAUGUUCCAGAGAGCUUUCUCAAGACUCGAGACUGCAUGUAUACCCACAUCCGAAUCUUGUGGGGGCUACUGGAAGAGAAUGCCAUUCCACAAGCUCCAGACAUGAAUACCUUGCAAGAAUUCCACCGUCGCUUUUCAGAAAUCAAUCAAAUUAAGGAUGCCGCCGAAAAUACGAACUCCCCGAAGCUGAUUUCAGAGGGCGAAAUCACCACCCUGCGCACUAUGAAGAGCGGACAGAAGAUAAUAUCUAAAAAAAUUGUACACGUCGAGGAAUUUUUUUUCCUCUAUACACGUGCAACUCUAGCCCGACUUGGUAUCCGAACUUGGGCUCCUGAUCUGGAAGAUUCACCGGAUUCUCUAUACAAUGAGGCAUGUCGUGUAGCUGCCAUCAAGAGCUUCCGCCAAGUUGCAAGCAAUGGAGCUUAUAAGUUUAUGAACUGCAACAUUCAAUACGUCAAUGACAUUGAUAUCCUUAUUCAAGCUUACAAUCAUUAUGUAUUCUUUGUUUCGAAGAACAAAUACAACCGAGAGAAAAACAAUCCAGGUGGCCUAAGACAGGAAGCUGAGAGGAAAAAAAUCUCUCAUGCCAGAGGACGUCUUCAAUGUAUCCGUGAAGACUUUGCUAGAGCUCAUAAUUUACCCAAUCGAUACAAAAGAAUUAUCGAAAGCUUGGACGCCCACAGCGAUGAUGAAUACAACGACCAGCACAAAUGCUACAUAAUAAAAAGUGUGGCAUUUCGAUCAGAUAAUGCAAAUAAGUUUUUCCGUCGACUGGAUGAUGAAAUAGCCAAAGAACGUGAAGGCCCACGUGAUCAACGGCGCAUCCGACGGGUUCCGGACACGCCUCAGCCAUCCAUAUUCUCAAAAAUCCCCAAGGGACUACCUUUAGAUUUUUACGAUCCUGAGUGGUUUAACAACCAGCUACCUGCUUGCAAGCGCAAAGCAGCUGACAUCUGGUCUGUAGCAUUUCUCCCCAACGCCGAGAAAUCACUACUUGGGAAGGCAGACCCUUCCGAACGCUUAACAGACAAAAAAUUCAACAGCAAAUUCCUGCAAGAGUUCCAGAAACCCUAUGACCUCUCACAUGAGAUAAACGACAACGACGAUGAUGAGGAUGAAACAGAUAUUGAUGAAGAUGAUAAUAGUCAUGAUGGCGAGGUAGUUCUCUUGGGUGGCUCAGAAGAUCAGUUAAAUGAAAAUGAUCCACGAUCUGAAAAUAUGGAAGUGGUCAAUGGCAACACCAAUGAACAAGUCAACGAUCAAGAAGGUGGUUUCGAUGAACGAUAUGAGGAUUUGGUGGAUGAAGAAAGAGAGGAUGAAGCACGUGAUCAACGCUUCCAGUCUCAUAUGAUGAUUGAUGAUUCCGGCUGGUGA